CAGAAUCAAUUUACAUACGUUUAACUACACAGUGACCUGCAGAGGGCGCUAUCACAAACAAGUACUGCACGAACCGAUAAAUCCCCGGGUAUUGUAACGCCCUUGCAUAAGAUAUGCCAGUGAUGUUUUUGAUAGCUCUGAUCCUCAGUCUCAUGUGGGGUCGCCAAGGUGUUGACUCACAAGCUACCACGAUCCAAACGAUGGCUAACAAUACAGAGGUACCUUACGAAACUGUAAUAAAAACUGUUUCUCCAAUGGUAAGCGUUGGGCAAUGCAAAUUGAUUCCAAGAGAUGGAUCUAUUAGAAAUACUAUAGCAAAAGCAGAAUCAGCAAAACUAUUGGAGUAUAAAUUAGAAUUCGCUAAUUACACCGUGAAUCCUCUUUUGGUGCAGUCCAUUCGAGAGAAUUACAAAGCAAACAUUUGGCAGAAGGCAUCCACGAAACACGGACGGGCUCUUGUGACUCUAAGCUUUAAUUUCGAUGUCUUGUCUCUAUCUAUACUGUCUUUGGGCGUUGAGAAGCAUACUGUGAUAUUAAAGGAUAAGCCCGUUGGUUGCUUUGGAGAGUUAUCCGAAAAGGAAAGAAUGGAUAAUGUAUUAUGGUUAUUAAGUCGAGACUUUGACCACGAGAGUGAGCUGCCAACUAUAGCUGAAGAUGACUAUAUCUGUCACCAAGUCUUCCAUACAAGCGACUUAACUGCCAGAUUCGUUGAUAAAUGUUGCAGUGUAGAUAUUCAUCGAAACAUGACGUGUGUAUUUGAAUUCAGAAGCGUUACUCUCGAUGUCCUGAUCUAUUUUGUGAUGGCGCUCAAAUUUGUUGUGUUUCUCCUUGCACCUUGUCUCAUCCCUUGCGCUGUAUACAUGUUUUCACGAGGCGCUGACACAUUUAGGGUAAUUCUCAAAAGUUCACUUCAGAAGACAAUCCUUUUAGCAAAGGAUCCUGGACACGUAAACUAUGUUCAUCGCUGGCCCGCACAGGCUUUAGACAAUUUUGAAAAAUUUCAAGAGACUGUUAAAACUAUUCCAAAAGACAAACCAGUAAAGAUUACCUUUCACGACUACUACGUGACAGUAAGAAAUGAUCAUGUUGUCACGGAAAAUCAAAUACCUGUAGGUCCAUUUGCUUGCUUCAAAUAUAGGCUUCUACAGUGUGGAAUAAGGAAAUUCUGGGCCUGUGCAGAAUGUUGCAAUGCUAGCAUAUGUGGACUUCUCAUAUCAUCUUGUUCUAUCAAAUGGAAACACAUUGGAUACGCAAUUUCAGGUUUGAUUCUAGUAACGUUGAUAAUCCCAUUUCCAUACUGGAUAAGGCUGAUUUUCUUUCAUGUAUUUGAAAGGGAGGAGUUGUUGAGUAGGUCAGAAUUUGCCAAUAAGUUUGGGUUUAACAACGCCUACGAAAUUCACCUUGUGCAGUAUUUCUUCCCGGAGAGUGCGAUAUUUAUUGUUUGCUACGUUAUGUAUGCUAUUCUCAUCUUGCUGCAACUUUUCUUCAAGAUCGAGCCAAGUGGAACUUAUAGAAAUAUAGUUAAACGUUCCUUUAUGGACAUGCAUAGUCUUCCUUUUGGUACCAUCAUCGGGACAAUGGUAGAGCUACUGUUAAAACCAUGUAGGUUUCUUGGAUGUUUAGGGCUCAUCAUUAGCGUCAUAAUCUGGCCAAUUGCUCUUCCCAUAUGUUUAGUGUGCUUCGUUUUAAGUUGUGCCCCAAUUUUGUACCUGUCAUAUAGACUUUUUGUGCACAUCUAUACCACGUUGUCUCAUUCCUAUUCCAAACUUCCGACGAACGAGAACCUGCACACAACGGAAGCGGGGACGUUUCCUAGUACCAAACCCUCUGGUAAAAAGAUGGGCUGCAUAAAUAAAGUUCUUUGCAUUUUCUUGCCAUUUAUUUACCUGUGUGGGAUUUGGUGCACGAUGUUUUUAGUGUCGGAAUGCUUUGGUUUUGGCCUUGAAGUUCUAAUAUUUACACUGAUAGGUCUUAUUGUUAACGCUGGCUCCGUCUUGAAAUAUCUCUCAAUUCUGUUUCUUCUGAUCAUAUAUUCUUAUGAGUGUUUCCAUAACGUCUAUGUAAAGUACCUGACUCUGAACAAGGCAAUCUUUAAGGAUGUAUUUGGACGGGUCAAAGAUGACGUUACAGAGGUAACUCAACUUCCAGGUCAUUUACAAGAAAAUCGUGGUUUCAAAUCAGAGGCCAUGGUUGAGCAGAAAAGACACAAAACGCCCGACGUGUUGUCUGAGCGGCGUCCAAUGCAUUGGAAUAUCAAUGAUUUGGUCCUUUUUGUCAGUAAAUUUGACGUACAUUUUGUACCUGUGAAGUUAUUCUAUGCAAUUACGAUGAUAGAGGUUGCAGGCUCGCCCGGUCCAAUCCAUAAAAGUAUGUUUCACGCUUGGAGACGGUUUGGUCAGAUCGUUGUCUUUCUGGUUUUCCUCGUAAUGACGGUCAGUUUAUUUGCUAAGAUUUAUAAGGUCGGUUCAACGAGCCAAAUGCUUGCUACUCUGGCCGGUGGUAUCUUUCCAUUCGUUCUCCGCAACUUCAUGUCUCCAAAGGCUACACCAAUUGAAUUAAACUCGUGUACGUUUAAUUGUAAGGUCGAUGAGGUUAUCGGAAAUUUCAAAGAAGAUUGGCCAAUAGCUGAUCUACCGUUUGAAGUUAAUGAAGACCAAAGUGGAGUUGAGUCAUGUGAAAAGGUUGAUCUCUUUAUCCAACUUCCCAAAUCACGUGGUCCUAAAGAAAUGCUAAUUAAUAUGGGUUGGAGAGGCAAUAAUUACAGUCUUGGUCAUACAGAGGAUGACGACGUGCAUGAUGUGAAUGGUGAAUCAAAAAUAUAACUUUUUUGAAACUGGAAGUCCCCUUUGGGCCAUGUGUUCAAUCUUAUGAAUGUUAUGCAAUUCCUAGCAAUUCACUUACUAGUAAGUCGUACAUUUCUUACUUUCUUGAAUCGAUGAACACAAUAAAGAUUUAAACAUAAACUAAAAAAAUGUUAUCCACUGAGUUCCUGUCUGUUUUUAAUUAUGGAGGGGUGUAAAUUAAGAGCCACGGUCCGUCAAAUCAAUCAUUUUUUGAAUUAUCUCCCGAUUUCUUUAUUAGAAAUCUGUAUUUUUCACAU